CAAUAUGAUCGCUAACUCACACUUUGCAAAAAUGAGAAAGUACUCUCGAAACUCGUUUAAAAAAGAAAAAGAGACAGCACCUUUCACGAGAACACCGUACAGAUAUUCGAACAAUAAUUGACAGAAAUUACUAUCGAAUAAUCGAUACGUUUUUAACAAAAGUUAUAUUACAUUAUUCUUAUCGCAUUGUUUACAAAAAUUCCGAUAUCGUGAUUUCAAAUUACAAUUCCAAGAAGGAAAGUAAUAAUAUCAAAUUGUUACAGGGGAGAAAUUAAAUGACAUUUCUUGCUUCUUAAGUAACUGUGACACUAGUUCAUAGAACAAACUAAUAAGUAAUUUUGCGUUUUAUGUAUAAUGUUUCCAUGGAAAACAUUUUUAACAGUUGCUUCCCAGAGGUCUGUAAGACAUUUAUACACUUCAAAAAUUGUCCAAAAUGCUAUAAUAAUAAAUGGAAAACAGAUAGCUAAUGAAAUUCAGAAUGACUUAAAAGUAGCUGUUAAUGCUUUGAUAAAAGAUGGUAAAAAGAGACCAAAAUUAGUAGCUAUAUUAAUUGGCAAUAAUCCAGCCAGUAAAGUAUAUGUUCAGAGAAAAAUGGAAGUUGCAACUGCAAUUGGAAUUGAAAGUUAUACUAUUCGGUUAGAAGAAACUAUGACACAACAAGACCUUAUUAAAGAAAUCAAUCAUCUAAAUGCAGACAAAACUGUAGAUGGAAUUCUUGUGCAAUUACCACUAACAGAUCAGAUGAAUGAACAUGAAGUGUGUCAGGCAAUUGCACCAAACAAAGAUGUUGAUGGUUUUCACUUAGAAAAUAUAGGUAAUUUAAUGUUAAAUAGCAACUGCGUCAUAUCUGCGACUGCUUUAGGUGUAAAAGAAUUAAUAAUUAGGAGCAAUAUAGAUACUGUUGGAAAAAAUGCAGUGGUUAUAGGACGAUCCAAACAUGUUGGUUUACCAAUCGCAUUACUCUUACAUGCCAGUGGUAAGGGUAAAGGAAAUGGUUUAAAUAUGACUACGACUAUUUGUCAUCGCCAUACUCCCCACACGGAAUUAAAGAAAUAUACCAAAAUGGCUGAUUUAGUCAUAGCAGCAACUGGUGUUCCUGGUUUAAUUACUCAGGAGAUGAUAAAACCAGGAGCUUGCGUAAUCGAUGUUGGAAUUACAAAAACGAAAAUAGGAGAUAAAUACAAAUUGGUAGGAGAUGUGGACUUUGAGAAUGUAAGAAAAGUUGCUGGGUAUAUAACUCCAGUACCGGGUGGUGUAGGGCCUAUGACUGUAGCAAUGUUAAUGAAAAAUACAAUUUCGGUAGCUACUAAAAAUCAUCAGAGCACGAAAUAGUCUUGUCUUAAUAAAACUGAUGUAUAUUUGAUAAUAGAGAUAUUGUAAUCUUAUUAAUCCUCUGGCAUUCUUUGGGUCUUUUAAUCUUUCUUAAUUAUGGACAAAACUAUAAUGAAGUUUAUAUCAGUACGUUUGUAAAAACCAUUAGUGUAUAAUAAAACAGAGGACUGCCCGAGGGUUAAAUCAAUCCGUUAUGUAUGGGCCAUGCUUACUGUUCACUGCUGGCUACAUCUGCUUCUUUUGGAAUGCCCAAAUACCGAUCUUAUUUAUUUGCUGCUGUAUCUGCCAUGUAUCUGUAUUA